AUGGAAUUUGUCGCUCCGCAGCUCAUUAAUGGAGAAGUUCAGGUUGCAAUUAAGGAGGAGGACAUCAUAGAUGAAUUGAAGUAUUGGGAAUCUGCUCUUAUCAUGUAUGUGAUAGGGAGUGAUCUGAGUAUGAAUAUGGUGAAACAUUUUAUGAUGAAGAACUGGAACUUUGUGAAGAUGCCAGAUAUGUUUUAUAAUGAUGAGGGGUAUUUCAUUCUGCAUUUUCACUCUUAUGAUGACAAGGAAUUGGUGUUUAUGAAAGGGCCUUAUACCAUACGCAAUAUGCUGAUGCUCUUGAGGGAUUGGUCACCGGAUUUUGAUUUGAAGAGGGAUAUGUUGCGUACUCUCCCAAUCUGGGUCAAGCUCCCUCAUCUACCUUUGUAUCUUUGGGGUAAAAAAAGCUUGAGCAAGAUAGGCAGUGCACUGGGUAAUCCUCUUGUCACUGAUGAAUGCACAACAAACCGACUAAGAGUAUCAUAUGCCCGUAUCGUGGUAGAAAUUGACAUUACUCAAACCCCUGUUUCAGAGAUUACCAUACGUGAUACUGAGGGGAAGAAAUUGAAGCAGCCAGUGGAAUAUGAAUGGAAACCUAAAUAUUGUAAAAGAUGUCAAAUGGUUGGUCAUAAUUGUGACAAAAAGCCAAAACAAAUUAUAAAACAAUGGAAGCCAAAGGAUACCAAGACAGAUGAAAAGGAGAUUAUCAGUCCAGAAAAUAGUGAGAGCAUUGUUGUAGAGGAGGAACCAAAGUGGACUACUAUAGAGAGAAGCAAGAAGGGGAAAGAGGUGAUCAGGGAAGGCCCAUCUGAAUCCUUGCUCAGUCCAAAUGUGUUUGAAUCACUCAGUCUUUUGAAUGAGGCUGCAGUGAUCCAAGAAGUUACAUGA